AUGCCGGGUGAACAUGGAGGCACCGGAAAUCAGUUCUCCAAAAUCAACCCGAUUAAACCUUCCGAAUCGACAACCGGCGUCAUGACAAAGGAGGGCAGCAUGUCCAUUGCCCACCGCGCUCCGCCGCCUGAGAAACUGGAGUCGCUACGCACCAGAUCACUCGUGAUAUCCGCAUUCUGGGCGGUGAUCGUAUUCUUGGGGCUUCCGAUGUGGUGGAAAACCACGUCCAUCUAUCGCGCUGGACUCCCUUUCAAUGAGAUGACAGAUUGGGCUGCCGGGAGGGCCUGUCGACCGGUGUUUCCACUCCACAUCCAAGUGCACGCGCCUUCGAUCCAUGGCCAAGAUGCGUUGAAUUUGGUCCAGUCGACACAGCAUGCUCUUGAUGACUUGAACGACUUCUCCGCGCAUCACCUUCGACUCGAGCUUGUCGAGAGCUUACACGCCUCCAAUGCCCAGUCCACAGAUCAUAUUCUAUCUGAUAUGGUGGUGAAAUCCUCGCCAAAUACGGCCCUUACCGUACGACUUCUCCCCCGCGAGAACGUUACAGCACCGACAGCUCGCCUGCACGAAUAUUCCGAGCACUUGGACAUAAUCUAUCCGUCGAGCCAAUCGUCGUCGUAUUCCUCUCUCGCCACGUAUAUUGCUAAUGAGUUACAAAAUCUUUUUAGUGAAGAAAAGGCUACAUUACAGUAUAUUCUCUCCAAGAGCAAUAUGCUGGGACCCACGCUCCAGCCAUCCAUUACUGGCAGAAUAUCGACACAAGGGUCACAGCCGGCACAUAGCAGCAAUAAAGAGCAAAGAAACCCCGUUAUUAAUUCUUUUUCUUCAGAACUGAUGGAAUCAAUCGCCCGGCGCAUUGGUCGAUCGUUCAAAUACGCCGACACUUACCAUUUGAGCUUCUCGCUUUUUACUCCGGGAACCCAGCCUUCCUCCUGGGACAUCGAGCCGGCAUUGCAGGAGUACUUGGUACCAUUACUAAAGGCCUUUUCUCCCAUUAGCAACUUCUCCAUAAAUACCCAAGUACAGCUCUACGCCACAUUUUCACCCACGUUCACACCUCCAGAAUACGAGGAAAGCCGUGGAAUAUGGACUCUCAAAAAGGAAGAUCUUAGCGCUUUUAUCAACGCGGCAGAAUGGCCCCUGAGUCCAAGCAUCGGUGGCGGUCCCACAAUGAACUUCAUCCUUUACGUCCCUGCAGCAACGCAGUCACCGCUACUCGUCAAGGAAAGCCUGGCAACAAGCUGGCUAAUUCCCCAAUGGGGUGGAGUAGUGAUCCUUAACCCACCUCUCUCUGCUACUACUGAAUCACCUACAAACCCAGCCCAUCUCACCAAGGAAUCCCUCCAUAUACCCCUCUCUGCAUUCUCCCACCAACUCCUCGCUCUCCUCGGCGCCCCUUCCUCUCCAUCUUCUCUACCCUUACGGCUCCAGCACCUGAUUCGGAUGCAAACCGCAUCAUUGCUUCUCUCCGCGUCAUCUACGAUGGGAUCUCUCGCACGACUCACACGCUCGCUUCCAUCUAUCCCUAUCCCUGCCACCGUCGCAACCUCGGUAUCCCGCACCCUCUCCCAUCUCUCGUCCGCCUGCGACUUUUUAAAAAACGGAGAUUUUACCCAGGCGCUUGCAGCUGCACGUGUGGCCGAAAGAGAAGCUGAAAGGAGUUUUUUUGAGAAAAGCAUGGUGGGGCAAGUGUAUUUUCCAGACGAGCACAAAGUCGCAGUCUACUUACCGCUACUGGGACCGGUUGGAGUUCCGCUGGUGCUGGCGCUGGUGAAGGAAGUCAACCGGCUAGUGCUAAUGUGGAGGGGAAGAAACCAGUAG